UGUGUAGCUAUGUAGGAUAGUGAUAGUCAUAUCCAUAAUAAUGCAUUUCUGUAUAGUACAGAUUAGGGACAAAUGAUGGAAUUCCGUUACCAGAUGUAAAUCCAUUUCAAUUUACAAAAUAUUUGUCAUGUCAUAGCUGACACCCCAUUUUUUUUUCUGCAGACAACUUUGAAUCAUCAUUUGGAGCAGAUAUUUGGAAAACGUGGUUCCAGAUUUUUUUCGCGGGAUAUUUUACCCGAAUUGUUUUACCAAAUUUUGCAUCUGCACAGUUCUUCCAGUAAAUAUGUUUUUGUGAAAUAUUCUGUGUAAAUCGUUCGAAGCAGUCCUUGUUAAUACAGUUUUAUGAUUUGUUAAGCUUCGAAAUCAAUGGUUUUUGUUUGGCAUGCAUCUCAAAGUGAAAAAUCGGAGUGAAAGCGUAGUUCCGGUACCAUGGAAUUGCCAGAAUAUCGCCCUUGAUCAAAUAGCUACUAAUUUCAGACAUGACAUGCAAAUGUAAAUCUCUGAAACACUGUUGAACUGUGCCAGUUAUCAAAGAAAGGUCGAGCCACAAAGCCCUUGGAUGGAGGCCCACAGCUCAAGCCGGUCAAGCCUGUCCAGGAAGAGGAGGAGAGAUGGAUCCAAGGGAGAAGCUGAGGAGGUAGAGCGGCCAGGGAAAGUCCCAAGAUCCACCGUGGGUUUAAAAGAUCCUGCCUCCUUUGCUGAUGAGCUGGAGUCGGCUGAGAACACUCCAUACCUGCGAGUCAGCAUGGAGGAAGCCAAGAGGGGAACUCCAUUUCAUAGGCCAGUGCGGGUCUAUGCAGAUGGAAUCUUUGAUGUCUUCCACUCAGGCCACGCCCGGGCCCUCAUGCAGGCCAAGGGCCUCUUCCCCAACACAUACCUCAUCGUGGGCGUGUGUAGUGACGACCUGACGCACAAGUUCAAGGGUUUCACAGUGAUGAACGAGGACGAGCGCUACGAUGCAGUCAGCCACUGCCGCUACGUGGACGAGGUCGUCAGGAACGCGCCCUGGACGCUUACGCCUGAAUUCCUCGCCAAGCACCGAAUCGACUUUGUUGCCCAUGACGACAUCCCAUAUACAUCAGCAGGCCAGGAUGACGUUUACAAGCACAUCAAGGAGGCGGGCAUGUUUGCGCCCACCCAGCGGACGGAGGGCAUCUCCACCUCGGACAUCAUCACACGCAUCGUCCGCGACUACGACGUGUACGUGAGACGCAACCUGCAACGCGGCUACACCGCAAAAGAGCUCAACGUCAGCUUCAUAAAUGAAAAGAAGUACCACCUGCAGGAGCGUGUGGACAAGGUGAAGAGGAAGGUGCGUGACGUGGAGGAGAAGAGUAAAGAGUUUGUGCAGAAGGUGGAGAACAAGAGCAUCGACCUCAUCCAGAAGUGGGAGGAGAAGUCCCGGGAGUUCAUCGGCAACUUCCUGCAGAUGUUCGGCCCCGAGGGAGCACUGAAGCACAUGUUGAAGGAGGGCAGGGGCCGGAUGCUGCAGGCCAUCAGCCCAAGACAGAGUCCCAGCAGCAGUCCCACCCGUGAGCGCUCUCCCUCCCCAGUCUUCCGCAUGCCCUUCUUAAACAAGGCCUUUGCCUCACCCCACCACAGUGCUGCACGGGGAUACACCGUCAGUGAGUUUGAUGACGAGUCUGACGAAGGUUAGGGCUCCCAUUUCUCGCGUUUGUUAAUCUCAGUCCAUCGACAGUAUCAGCGUUCAAGCCCCUCCGUCCAAUUAUCUGUAUAGCCGUUGUCCCUCAGAUCAUUUUUUCAAUUACUGGGGUCCAUUUCAUAUGUACUGUACCACAUCAGAGGGAGGUUAAUGCACAAUUCGUUUUUGACAGCUGAUGUUGCAUUUCUUACAGAUAUUAUAAGUUUAGUGGGAAAUUCAGUUGUGUCUUCUAUAAGUUGAGGGGUGUUUGGUGCACUGUUGCAUUCCUCCACAGAUGAUCUGAGAGUAUGAUAUAUAGUAACCAUCAGUCCCUUGAGGAUUCCCCCCCAGUGUUUGUUUGCUUCUGUGAGUGUGUAAACUGCUAGUUUGUGUAGGCAUCUCAAUGUCCUCCAUCCAUGGACUCAGCUUGACCUUUUUGCACAUAAUACUAAUAGGUGGUCAGUCUUUGGACAGAGGUUGUCAAAGCGCCCAGCAUUUAACUAGAGAACUGGAUCCUGUUCAGUAGGGCUCAAGAGAACUUGUUUUCAGGAUGUUUUAGCUGAAGCCAAACAAUUGUGUGCAAUAACGAGACCUCAUUUUAAAAAUGACUACAUACGUAAUACAAUUUUAUCCCUGUUAUAUCUCCCUCCUGUAGUUGGGAUCACUAGAUUUUGGCUGUUGACCCAACCCUUGCUAGUCUGUGGCAGCAAAGCAGGCUUUAUUUCCUAUAUAAUUGAAAUAUGGGAUUUUAAGCAUAUUAUUGUAACCAUGUUGGAUUGUCUAUACAGUAUAAGGGAUGAUAUGAUCCAUUAAAAUGCUGCUUCUCAUUAGGGCAUGGCUAUAUCUCUUGGUAGCAAGAAUUGUCUAUGUAAGAAGCCAGUACUAACCUUUCACAAUCUGUCAGAUACAAAAUGUACCUGGCUUUAAGUACAUUGUUUUAAACAUUUUACUGUUUGGGUUGAGUUUGUUUAGCUCCUGAAUGUGCAGGCAUGAGAUACCAGGGAACAUGUCAAUGGAAUUAAAAAAAAACUUCAACCAUAA